AUGCCCGUCUCCUCCAGGCCCCGGACAUCCUUCCUCAUCCAAGACAUCCUCUGGGGUGGGGCAGAGCGGGGAGCGCAGCCGGAGCGGGGCAAGAGCGGAGGGUUUGGCAGCCCGGAGGACGAGGAGCCGGGGGCAGCCACAGGGGAGGGCAGGGAGGGCAGCGCGGCCCCGGGGGCUGCCCCAGGGCACCCCCCCGGGAGCCCUUGUCCCCCAGGAGCAUCCCCAGCCCAAGCCCGAGGGACACCCCACGAGGCGGACGCAGAUGCCACGGCGGAGACCUACCUGUCAGACUGCGACCCCCCGCUGCGAGCCCUGCCCAGCGCCCAGCGCCCCCCCAAGCAGGCGAAGCGCUCGCGGGCGGCGUUCUCCCACACCCAAGUCGUCGAACUGGAGCGGAAAUUCAGCCACCAAAAAUACCUGUCGGCCCCCGAGCGAGCCCACCUGGCCAAAACCCUGCAGCUCACCGAGACCCAGGUGAAAAUCUGGUUCCAGAACAGGAGGUAUAAAACCAAGAGGAAACAGGUCGCCUCCGAAAUCAGCAGACUGGACACGCGUCUGGCUGGGCAGAAAGCGGCCGAGCUCCCCGGAGCGUCGCUGCUCGCGCUGCGGGGCGGCUGGCAGUACCUGCCUUUCCUCUACUACUUGAACGGCUGGAGUCCCUCGUGGUGGUAA